CUGGCAUCGUGCGGAGUCAUGUGUAUUUAUUCUCUUCUUUCUUGCUAUUUACCACGAAUUGUUUAGUAUAAAUGUGAUUCGUAUAUACUCGUAUCUCCUUCGUCGAAUACAUAUACGUACAUGUUAAAAUAUAUAUGUAUAUAUAUAUACAAAGAUGAACGUGAUCACUCGUAGAUUAAUCGAUCUAACUUAAGAGAUCGUAAAUACCAUUGGCUUUUGUUUUCUGGGAUCAAUGUUGUUCUUUUCGUUCUAUGUUUGAAAUUGAAAAAAUUUAUAAGUCGUAUUUUUCGAAAGCUUCGUAAAAAAGGCGGGCUCCUUCGUCCGAAGCGUGCCGGUGAUUGGUUGCAAUCGACCACGUGCUCUCAUAGCGUGUCGUCAUAAGUGGUGUAUUGUGAAAAGGACUAAUAUAAAACAGAAAGACGCAGAAGAAUUUAAACGAAUAGGGAAAAACGAUCGAACGUUUAAGGACGACGUGUCAUAAGGAACUCUGGAUCUUUCAAGUCGGCAAGUCUCCAGCCAAAACGAAAGGAUCUUCUAAGCUGAUGUGUAAGAUUCAUGGUUAAUCCAAGAGAACCGGAAGAAGAGAACCGGUUUCCGUAUAGUCGGACCUCAAUAAGGUCCGCGAAGGGGUUAGUGGGAGCAAGAUAAAAGAAGAAACGGGAGUUAGAGCGAGAAAGCAAGAGAGAGAGAGAGAGAGUGAGAGGUAGGACCCAAAAGCUUUUGUUUUUCGUCGUGACAAGCUGUCGGUGGGCUCCUUGGGCCCACCUCUCAUCGGUCAAGCUGGCGAGCGCUCUAACCGCUGGUAUGAACCCCCACCACCCGGGCCACCCCGCAGCCUACCCCCACCACUCGUCUUUGUCAAGCAGUCCACAUCAUACAGGGCCCGGUGGGCCUCACCACGGCUAUGGAGCGAACGGUGGCGGCGGAGGAGGUGGUGGUGGCGGUGGUGGAGGCACCACAACAACCCCGGACCUACCAAGUCCCCAUUCGCCACCCCAUGGAGUUUCCACGGAUCCGGCUACUCCGUAUGGCUCUCUACAGGCUGGACAAGGUAUGGGCGCCAAUGGACAUCACCAUGGAGCCGGUAGUAUGAUGACCGACCAUCCGCACCAUCCGGGACAUCCCCAUCCCCAUCUACCAGGUCAUCCUGCUUACCCACCGGUCAAUCACAAUAACAACUGUACGCUUAAGCAAGAAGGCGGUCCAAGUGCACCAACGAGCACUCAGUUAUGCGCGGGUUGUGGCGGUCAGAUAGUCGAAAGAUGGCUGUUACUCGCGAUGGAUCGCUAUUGGCAUAAUGGCUGUUUGAAGUGCACAUACUGUAAUGCGGCUCUAGCGGAAAUCGGCCACUCGUGCUACACCAGAAGCGGCAUGAUCCUCUGCAAGAACGACUACAGAAGAAUAUUUGGCAGCAGUGGUGCCUGUGCAGGUUGUGGCAAUCCGAUACCUGCCAAUGAAAUGGUCAUGAGGACGGGUGGAUCGGUGUUUCACCUAAAGUGUUUCACCUGCAGCAAAUGCGGUGGACAGCUUGUUUCGGGCGACAGGUACUAUCUUCUAUCAGGUUCACCGGUUUGUGAAACGGAUUGGCACAAGAUACUGAAAUCAUCGAGCGUCGCCGCAGCGACUGCGGCAGCAGCAGCAGCAGGAAACGGGGGUGCACCGGUGAGGAAAGGUAAGGUCGGUCGGCCUCGAAGGAGCCGCGAAUGAGGCGGCAACCCGGUCGGUCGCCCGAAGAAGGUUCAACCCUCUCCACAAGCGACGCCCGUUGUCGUACCAACGCAGGUCGACGUUGCGGACGUUGCCGUAGGAGGGGAUCCCUAUUCGCCGCCUCCGCCGGGUCAUCAGCACUAUCACCAUCAUCAUCACCACCAUCAUCACGAACAUCAUCAGAUGGGCCUUGUGCAUCCGGGUCUGGCGGCUCAGCAAACGACGCACAUGCAACAGCCAUCGUCCGGCAGCUAUCAGGAUUGGCCGCCGUGGGCACAGGAUCCUUGUGACUGAAUAGACCCCUCCGACCUGGUACUCUGCCAGGUCUGUGCCCACCAUGCGUCUCUCUCUCGAAGAUCACGUCCUCCUCUCUCAUUGCAAGAAAAUUUCAUCAGAAAAGAUGACGUGAUUCGUGAUCGCAUCGGGAGAAUGUGCGUUGUGCGACGAGUGAGAACCAACCAUACGUAUGUAUGUAUCGUUCGAUCGUCGUGAGUGCGUCAAAAACGAAAUUGUACCGGCUGCCAUCUUGCUUUUUCGUUCGAUCUCCCGAAAAAAGUAGAAACGCCAAACUUUCGAGCACGCGCGGAGGACGAGUCGCCGUCGAUUUUUCUCUUCGCUCAACACGUCUGCUUUCUUAUCUUCUUUAUUCUCCUUCAAUCGAUGUUCGGUACGUGUACGAGGCAAAAGGAUGCUCUUUCCUUUUCGAUCUAAGCUUUCAAGUUAUGUUUCUCCGAGAAAUCGAAACGCACAGAACAGACGACAGAGAAUUCUCAAAGAAAGAUGCACGAUGAACGUCAAUAAAGAAACUUGGACGAUUCAAACGAGCGACCCAUUUCAGAUACCUCGACUCUUAGAAAAUUAUUUUUCUUUCAAAAUUAUCAGUCCUUUCGUCUCGCCGAGCAGCACGUUCCGUAAACUCGUUAAGCGUUCCUUGUUCCCGUGAUCGUUAAUGGUGUCUCUCGCUGCAAGGUGAAACCCCGUACCAACGUUAAGACUCUUAAACGAUUGAAACCGUCAUUUUAAUCUUCCUCGAUGGUUUCUACGUUGUCUUGCUUCUCGUCAUUUUCUCUCUCUCUCUCUCUCUCUCUCUUUCUCUUUUUCUUCUCUCUCUCUUUUUCUCUCUCUCUCUCUCUCUCUCUCUCUCUCUCUAUUUUUGUUUCUCUUAUUCAUAAUAAUCGAACGGAACUCAUUCGCGUCGCGCGUGGAAAGUAUUCGACAAAGAGAUUAUCAAUUGAAUACAUUGAACGAGAAAUGCACAAGUGGUACACUACAUUCAUAGUGGUUAUAUAGUCGCGAGUUUCUCAAGAAGCCGAAGUACGUAUCUUCUACGCGUGGUUACAUUGGCGAUAAGUAGGAACGCUUUCUUUUACAGCCAAUUGCUGCCUUCGAAUAACGGCUGUGAAUGUAGAAAGAUGUAAAUCUAUGAUUCCCUUCUUCCCUCGUAUGAAUCCUGUUCAAGUCUUGCGUGUGCAGAGAAAGAGGGGAAGAAAGAGAGAGAGAGAGAGAGAAAGAGAGAGAUAGAAGUAAAAAGAUGGGGUCAUGCAUGGAGCAAUUGGAAAUUUGCAUCAGCAUCGAUCUAUGACACUUGCGAACUUUCGUAUAUUUCUUCGAUCGCUGAAAUACAAAAAGAAACGAACAUCGUUUUUAUUUUCUAUCGAAGAGACAUCGACGAUUUUGUGAUCGCGCACAUUUUAGAAAGUCGAAUUGAACGACGAGGCGCAAGAGCAAGACAUGCACUACAUCAACAAACUUUUUUCAAGCGACAGGGUUACGAUCAUCCGCAAUAAAUGUAACAUAAAUGUAUAAUCUUAUAACACGUUGCGAUAUAAUCUAUAAACCGCACGUAGCCAAUGUCGUUUCUCGAAUGUUGGACAGGCUUUUAUCCCUUCCACUUCUGUUUUACGUGAAGAACAGGCAAGGGAAAAGCUAAAGCGACACUGACGAUGAGCCAAUUCGAAGCUCGAUAUCGAAACUAAAGACACAAGUUUUUGAUGUAAACUGUACCAUAAUGAAAGGAUACAAAAAAAAUCACCUCGAUCGUUAUACGUUUACUCGUUCCGUUAUUAGCGAACUUUUGUCUCAAGAGCUCUGCGUACUUAAAACAAAAAAUAUUAAGGGCUCGUAGGUAGGACUUUUGAAGAAAGCGACGCGGCAAUCUUAGGAGCGAAAGAGAGAGAGAGAGAGAGAGAGAUUGAAAGAAAAAACAAAAUAACAAUUGUCCUGCGCGUGAAUCUAACGACCGAUCUUGAGACCAAGCAAUGCACUUUUUUCUGUUAGUAUGUCAUCGGUUGUUGGAUCUCAACUUCUAAUCACACGACACUCAACAAAUUGUUUCGUGAAAAGAGAGAGAGAGAGAGAGAGAGAGAGAGAGAGAGAGAGAGAGAGAGAGAGAAAGGGAGAGAGUGCGAAAAAAAAUAGAGAGGAAGAAGUGCCGCGCCGAUGGGUCGUGUAAUUUAAUCUUGUACAUAGGGUACCAUUUUGUAUAUUGUUAAAAGUUUGUGUGAUAUAAAUGGUUAUGUAUUUACUAUUGACAAAAAAAUAAGCGGCGACGGGUCCACCGCGCGAAUCCAACGAGCAAUCGUCCGCGCGAUGACGUGCCAUUGAUUUUUUUUAAUGUCGCCAAACGACGUAUCUCACGACAUGUAUUUUCCUUUCCUCUUAGUUUUUCUGCCCUCUUUCAACUUAUUUUGUCCUUCCUUAAUUUUCUCUGAUCAUAAUUAUCUAUUCGAAAUGUUAUUUCUUACGCUUAAUUAUUAUUUCGACGAAUUCUACUUUGUUCUAUUUAUCGAUAGCUAUUUAAGCGUCCCGCGGAUCGAUCGUCUGUUUCGCGCGCUCUUUUGACUCGUACGUCCGCGUUUUAAAAAGACAGCAAUAAGAAAAGGUUCGAAAUGGUCCAGAAGGGUCGAUAUCCUCUCGACUUCUGGAAUAAAUAAUGCUCGAACUGCAUCCUCGACUUCUGGAAUAAAUAAUAAUAAUAAUCAUUAUUAUUAUUAUUACUAUCAUCGAUAAUGGGCGUUCUUGGAUCUCGAGGCAAUGUGUGUAAAUAUAAAGGAAACGGGGGACGCGCGCCGCAAUUUCCAAAAAUAGAAUGACGUUGGAACUUCGACGGGACACGUCCUCGGUUUUUCUUCGGCGAACGCGCGCACAGAUCGGCGACGAUCUUUGGCGUUUAGUUAAUUUUGUUAUUUGAUUUAUCUCGAUUUUUUCUUAAAAACCGGGACCGAACAUCUUUAAUGCGGUUUCGCAAGCCUCUUGUAAAAUACUAUUACACGGAAAGACUCGGACACACACAUACGAACACGUUUAUUAAUUAAUAAAAAUACAACUUUUUAGAAAAAUGUA